GCUCACAAAUUCUACCCAGGCUCCCGCGGCACCAUGUCUCAGGCACUCCGGCUCCUCGCGCGCUCGCGUCGCCUGGUGCGAGUUCCACCGUCAGCCUCAGCCUCGGCUCCCGGCCUAGGUGGCGCGGCCUCCCUCCCAUUCCGGCCCCCGAACGCCGCUCGAAUGGCUAGCCAAAAUUCCUUUCGGAUAGAGUAUGAUACCUUUGGUGAACUCAAGGUCCCAAAUGAUAAGUAUUACGGCGCCCAGACUGUGAGAUCUACAAUGAACUUUAAGAUCGGAGGCGUGACGGAGCGCAUGCCGAUCCCAGUUAUUAAAGCUUUUGGCAUCUUGAAGCGAGCAGCUGCGGAAGUAAACCAGGAUUAUGGUCUUGAUCCAAAGAUUGCUAAUGCAAUAAUGAAGGCUGCAGACGAGGUAGCUGAAGGUAAAUUAAAUGAUCAUUUUCCUCUCGUGGUGUGGCAGACUGGGUCAGGAACCCAGACAAAUAUGAAUGUAAAUGAAGUCAUUAGCAACAGAGCAAUUGAAAUGCUGGGAGGUGAACUCGGCAGCAAGAAACCUGUGCAUCCCAAUGAUCAUGUUAAUAAAAGCCAGAGCUCCAAUGACACUUUCCCCACGGCCAUGCACAUUGCUGCCGCUAUGGAAGUGCACGAAGUGCUGCUGCCGGGGCUGCAGAAGCUGCACGACGCUCUGCAGGCGAAAUCCAAAGACUUCGCCCAGAUCAUCAAGAUUGGGCGCACGCACACCCAGGAUGCUGUCCCGCUCACUCUUGGGCAGGAGUUUAGUGGUUAUGUUCAACAACUGAAAUACGCCAUGAUGAGAGUAAAAGCUGCCAUGCCAAGAAUCUAUGAGCUCGCGGCUGGAGGCACCGCUGUCGGUACUGGUUUAAAUACUAGAAUCGGCUUUGCCGAAAAGGUUGCUGCAAAAGUGGCCACGCUCACAGGCCUACCUUUCGUUACAGCUCCGAAUAAAUUCGAAGCUUUGGCUGCUCACGAUGCUCUGGUUGAACUCAGCGGAGCCAUGAACACAACCGCCUGCAGUCUGAUGAAGAUAGCGAACGAUAUCCGCUUCCUGGGUUCUGGUCCUCGCUCAGGUCUGGGAGAACUGAUUUUGCCUGAAAAUGAGCCAGGAAGCAGUAUCAUGCCAGGCAAGGUGAACCCUACGCAGUGCGAGGCGAUGACCAUGGUGGCCGCCCAGGUCAUGGGGAACCACGUUGCUGUCACCGUUGGGGGCAGCAAUGGACAUUUCGAGUUGAAUGUUUUCAAGCCAAUGAUGAUUAAGAACGUGCUGCACUCAGCCAGGCUGCUGGGGGACGCGGCCGUCUCCUUCACCGAGAACUGCGUGGUGGGGAUCCAGGCCAACAGGGACCGGAUCGACAAGCUGAUGAACGAGUCUCUGAUGCUGGUCACCGCGCUCAACCCUCACAUAGGAUAUGACAAGGCGGCGAAGAUCGCGAAGACAGCGCACAAAAACGGGUCGACCCUGAAGGCGACUGCGAUUGAGCUCGGCUUUCUCACGGCCGAGCAGUUUGAUGAGUGGGUGAAGCCGAAGGACAUGCUGGGUCCAAAGUGAUUUCAGUGACUUUAUAAUAAAAAUAUGCCAUAUAAAAUUUAAAAA